AUGGUCUUCGAGGAUGAGAGCAGCGACGACUUGUCCGGCCUGCAGUUCUCCUCCUCCGACGACGGGAUGCAUUAUCAGAUUCCUGCUAGCAUUGAAGACCAAGACUACAAUGGCUUGGAGAAGGCACCAGAGGGGCUCUGCGUGGAGCAUCAGCUGCCAACUGAGCGCCGUGUUGCUUUUGAAUCAUUUGAGACGGGCAGGAGGUUUCUAGUUUGUGCUCAGCCUGAAGCUGUAAAUUGUGGUUUCCUUGCUUGGGUUGACCCAGAGUGGCCUCCCACAAUGCAAAAUGCAUUGUUGAAGCUUUGGGAAAUGUUUGAAGACAGCAGGACUGCUAGGAGGAAGGAUAACCUGGAAAGUUCACUUACUAUCCACCACCUUAAAGAAGAGAAAAGGAAUCUGGAUGCCAACUAUGACAAACUAGUUGAGAAGAUGUCCAUCAACUUCUCAGUGUCCAGGAGGACAGGGUGUUGGAUUUCAGCUCUCUGCAAGCUAAGGAGAAGAGAGAUGAGAGAGCCAGUGCAUCAGUUGUGGCUGCCAUGA